GGAGGAGGCGGCACCGAGAGCGGGAGGGGUAGGCAUCUUCGGGCAGCAUCGCGACAGCGUCCCGCAGCAGCAUCAUCCACUGGUGCCGCUCUCCCUCCAACCCCCGAGGGCGCGGGGUAGCCUCCGCCGCGACUUCAUGUCUGUCCUGUGUCCCCUGCCCUGCUCUGAUUACCUGAGAUCGGCUGAGAUGACUGAAGUGAUGAUGAACACCCCAGCUAUGGAGGAGAUUGGGCUAAGCCCCCGCAAGGACGGGCUCUCGUAUCAGAUCUUCCCCGAUCCCUCGGACUUCGACCGCUACUGCAAGCUGAAGGACCGCCUGCCCUCCAUCGUGGUGGAGCCGACGGAGGGUGACGUGGAGAGCGGUGAGCUGAGAUGGCCACCCGAAGAGUUCCUCGUGCAAGAGGAGGAGGAGGAAGAGGAGGAAGAAAACUGUGAAGAUGCAAAGAAGGACAACAAGGAGCAAUAAAUGGCAUCUGAGGGAAAGGCAAGGGACUGCACCCUUCUGAAGGAAGAGCCACACUUCUUUUGAGAGUCUUUUUAAACACAAAAAAAGACAUGAGUUCAGUUUUGCACCUGCGAGAUCUUAGUUUUUUUGUAUUCUCUGUAUUGAGAACUGAAGCCCUCCGGUGUCAGCAGACCUCCUGAGGAAGGAAGUAACGCAGAGAAAUGUUUGCUGUUCUCAAGAUCACUAUCUGUAUUUUUCCGAGGCGGAGGCAGCAGUGAAAUUCCAAGCACAUGGCAGAGGGUGGCCGCGCGAGGGAUUGCUGGAAGGGGGAGCUCGGGGAGGGGAAGGAAAGUUGGAGGCGGCGAGCGGCAGCUGCCUCCGGCUGCGAGCAUGAGAGCAGAGCUGCAAUGUCUCAGAUUUGCCUGCCUUACAGCUUACAUGUUGUGUGCUGGGAGGUGGAAAGGUGUGCGCAGCAAAGCAUGGCUGAGCGCUCUACUGGCCGGGGUCCUGUCGCUCUCCCCGGUUCAGCACCCCCCAGGGUGACGCGAGUGUCCCUAGGAGCUAGCUGGGCUUCUCGCUCUCGCCCUCAAGCCUUGUUUGCCAGCCACUCUUCCCAGACCUGUUUCCUUCCCCUCUGUUUGCCUUUAGACCCUUCAGUGCUGAACAGCUGUAUUUGCAGGAUAAUGUUAGGCUGCUGCUUGUCAUCUCUGCUGUCAGGCCCUAGUUUAUCUUGCAGGUGGCUAGCGUGAGGUAAUGCCCAUCAGAUGUCAAGGCGCUUCUUGUCUGCAGCAAGAGCUCAUGUAGGUUUGAACACCUUUGGAUUAUUUCUCUCCUAUUUGCCAAGGCUGCUGUGGUUGGUCUUGUCUUAUACAGCACUCAAACCCAGAGUGUGGAGGUUCCACCUCUUACCUUUGUUGUACUUGAGGUGUUAGGAUUUGUGUCUUUGAUUU